AUGAUAGCCCAAGAUCGGUCCCUUCACCCGAAUGAAGCCAGGAACGUAUUUGACGCGAGGAUUUGUCCAGGGCCUUGCUUGGGACUUACGUUGACAUUGUUGUCGAUCAAAGGGCGGGCGUCUGUAACCUGGAGAUACGAGAGAAAGUUGUAUGGAAACUUCUAUCCUCCAAAGCGGAGAAACCUCGCAGCCAAGAAGAUCCGCUAUCUCUGGGGCAAAGGAAGAGUCCGCAUCCCGUCGCCUCCGGCGGGUACAAAGUACCACCAACUCGGCAGCGUUGCAACUGUGCUACCUGUGUUCGUGUUGGCAAGCAAGGUCGCAGAGAAGACUGGUAGCAGAUCGACUGGACGAGGACCGCGUGAGAAGGAUCAUGAGUGCUGUACAUCUCCCGGAGCAUACUGCUGGAGUCCCUCUUAUCUCGCAGGGGGGCGCACAAAGAAUGCAUCGUGA